AAAAACUCACCCAGCCUGACCCUUUUCCCCACCGAAAUCUAUAGCCACUUCCCCAUCUACAGGGUCAUUCCCGUACUUUAGCUCAGUCACCAACAUUAAAUACACACAAAAUGAAAAAAGAUAAAAAAAAAAUUUACACGAAGGUUUCGUUCGUCUUUCACCCAGACCAACAUCAGGAAGAGAACAUAUAAUAGCAGAGAGAGGAAGCGCCAAGAACGAAGACACUGUUACUAAUUACCCUAUAUUUCUCUCGCCAGAAAUCGCACGUGUCGAUCUUCCUUCUUCUCACGCUCCAAAUUCAAACUUCAGCUACGCUCUUCUCUCCGAUCUAUCGUCUUAUUUCUCCCUUUCUUUUAUCGGGUUUUCAAUUGGAAGCGAGGAUUGAAUACUGGUGAAGCAUUUGCAGCAUGAGCAUCGACAGCCCCGGGCGUGGGGACAGCUAGGGUUUCGAGGUUCCGACUGUGGAGGGCGAGAUUUCCAUGGGCGAUGGAGGCGUCGCGUGCAUGCCCUUGCAGUAUAUUAUGGAGAGGUUGCCGAGUGCUGAGAAGACUGUUUGCCGAGGCAAGAGUGGGAAUGGCUUCAAUUCCAAGUUGCUCAAGUUUGCUGGCAAGGAGAGGAGGAAGAUGAAGCCGAGGAAGAGCGAAUUGGGGUUGGACAGAGUGAGCAAGAGAAACAGCAGCAGCAACGAUGUUGAGAAUGGUGGCGAAGUGGAGAAGAAGCAGCAGCAUGAGAAGGUGCAGAAGGAGGAGGUGGAGGAGGGUGAAUUGGGCACUUUGAAGUGGCCAAGAGCUGACCUGGAGAAUGGGGAGUUUGUGCCGGAGAUGCUGCCACUGCCGCCACCGAGGAGAGGCGAGGUUGAGAACGGGGAGAUUGUUAGUGAGAAGUGGAAAGCUAGGGAGCUGGAGAAAGGAGAGAUUGGUUUUGGGAAAUGGAGGAAAGAGGAGGUGGAAAGAAGGGAGAUAGUGAGUGAGAAGGGUGGUAGGAAAGGGGAAGCUGAGAGAGGUGAAUAUGGGUCGUGGAGAGGAGGAAAAGAUGAAAUUGAGAAGGGAGAGUUCAUUCCAGAUAGAUGGUAUAAGGGAGAUUAUGAUAACAGUAGAAACCGCAGGCACCAUUCAGGUAGGGACAAAGGGUGGAAAGCUGAACGUGAACAUGAAAGUACACCUUCUUCUGGGAGAUAUACAGGGGAUGACUUUUUUAGAAAGAAGGAGUUGAAUAGAAGUGGGAGUCAGCAUGUUAAAAGUUCUCCCAGGUGGGAGGGUGGUGGACAACAGCGGAAUGUAAGGAUCAGUUCAAAGAUUGUGCAUGACGAGAAGAAUGUACACAGCAAUGGUAAGGACCAUACACGAGAUUACUCUUCUGGAAGUCGCUUGAAGAGGCUUGGCAAUGAUACUGACAGCUAUGAGCGGAAGCAAUCUGCAGAUUAUGCCGGAUUGAAAAGCAGAAGGCUUUCUGAUGAUAGCUGUCGCCAAGUUUAUUCGGAGAACUAUUCUUGUCAUUCUCCUCGCUCUGUGGAACGGUCUUACAGGAAUAAUAAUGGUACAAAAUUAUCAGCAGACAAGUAUUCUUGUAGGAAUCAUGAAUCUUCUUUGUCCACCAGACCAGCUUAUGACCGGCAUGGACGCAGCCCUGGUCAUUCUGAGCGGUCCCCACGAGACCGAGGUAGGCAUUAUGAUCAUAGGGAGCGCACUCCAGUGCGUCGGUCUCCCUGUGGUCGUGACAGAUCUCCAUAUAACUGGGAGAAAUCCCCCUAUGGCCGGGAGAAGUCCCCAUAUAUGAGGAACUGGGAUAGAAGUCGUCAGCACGAUCAUAAAUUGAGAAGUCCAACGCAUGCUGAGCAGUCGCCACCAGAUCGAAGUCGGCGUCAUGAUCGCAGGGAUUGUACCCCAAAUUUGGCAGAAGCAUCUCCCCUUGACCGAGCAAGGAAAAACAGUCGACAUGAAUCAAGUAGUAAAACCUUAUCAAGUGAAAAACAUGAUUCCCAAAAUAGUUGUAAGGAUCGUGAAGAUAAGCAGAUUCAAAGGGAAUCAAAUUGUUCAAGUACAGAAUCUCAAAGUGAAAAAAGUGUGCAAGUUACCAUUAAAUCUGUUGAGAAAGACAUCUGCAGUGAACCUGUAAAGGAACAGCAGAGUUGCAGCCCAACUGUUAGCCACAAAGAAUCUCCUCACUCGGAGCCCCCCCCUGAGGAGCUGCCUUCAAUGGAGGAAGAUAUGGACAUUUGUGAUACCCCGCCACAUGUCCCUGUGGUGACAGAUUUGUCAUCAGGGAAAUGGUAUUACCUCGACUAUGGUGGUGUAGAAAAUGGGCCUGCUAAAUUGUGUGACAUCAAGGUCCUUGUUGACGAAGGUGUACUAAUGUCUGAUCACUUCAUCAAGCACUUAGAUAGUGACAGGUGGUUAACAGUUGAAAAUGCUGCGUCACCUUUGGUACGUCAGAGCUUUCCAUCAAUUGCGUCUGAUACCAUAACUCAACUGGUAAAUCCUCCAGAAGCUCCUGGUAAUAUCUUGUCUGAUGCGGCAGAUAUUCUUCAUUCUGCUCCUGAUAAUCACCAGGAAAUGCUAACUCCCUUGCGGCAGCCACGAGUUUGCCCUAAUGACAGUGUGUUUACAUUUGAACUUUUGGAGGACCUCCACAUAGAGGAAAGAGUUAGAAAUCUGUUAGAGGGUUAUGAUGUCACUCCUGGGAUGGAACUUGAGGCAAUAAAAGAAGCGUUGCAAAUGAAUUUUGAAAAUGCAAAAGGGGAAGGAUUGGAAGACUAUGAAGGCUUUCUUUGGAGUGUUUCCUGCGAUGGGGAAGAUUGGGAUUCAAGUACUGAUUUAGCAUCAAGAGAUUCUGAAUCUCAGUCAAGUAUGUCCUGUGAUAAGGAUAAUGGACAUGCCUUCGGUAUUUCUAGUGACUGGUUUUCCACCCGUUGGUCAUGUAAAGGUGGUGACUGGAAGAGGAAUGAUGAUGCCCAAGAUAGAUAUUCAAGAAAGAAACUUGUCCUAAAUAAUGGUUUUCCUUUAUGUCAAAUGCCAAAGUCUGGAUGUGAAGAUCCUCGUUGGCCUCAAAAAGAUGACUUGUAUUUUCCUUCUCAAAGCAGGAAGCUUGAUCUUCCUCUGUGGGCUUUCUGUGCUGAUGAGCGGGAUGAUUGCAGUGUUGCAAGCAAAUCAGUUCAAAGUAAGCCUGCUUCUGUGAGAGGAGUGAAAGGCAAUGUUCUUUCGGUGGUCAGGAUAAAUGCAUGUGUAGUUAAGGACCAGGGAUCAUUGGUCUCUGAGUCACGCCACAAGACUAGGGUCAAGGAAAGACAUCAUUCAAGGCCAGCUCGGCCCUUCUCUUCAAUCAGUGAUAGCAAGAGAUCAUCAACUGAACAAGAUCAGUCAAAAGCUGUUAGUGAUCAAGUUUCUUACCAGAUCUUGGAAUUCAUUAACACCCCUAAAGAUCAUCGUUGUACUUUCCGGGAGUUGCAAUUACAUUUGGGUGACUGGUAUUAUCUUGAUGGUUCUGGGCGUGAAAGGGGACCAUCAUCAUUUUCAGAGUUACAGUAUUUCGUAGAUCAAGGUAUCAUAAAAAAACAUAGUAGUGUGUUCAGGAAAAGUGAUAAACUAUGGGUUCCUAUUACCUCUGCAACAGAAACUUCUGAUGGCAGUCUCACGGACCAGCAAGAAAGCAGUUCGAUAUCUGGUGCGUGCUCUGGUUUUCCAUCAAAGCAAACUCAAGUUGUUUCAUGUGGCGAACCUUACACAAAUUCAAGUUUAUUUAACAGCUUACAUCCUCAGUUUGUUGGUUAUACUCGUGGGAAGCUACAUGAACUGGUAAUGAAAUCAUAUAAAAGCCGGGAGUUUGCUGCAGCUAUAAAUGAGGUUUUAGAUCCCUGGAUCAAUGCAAGACAACCAAAGAAGGAAAUUGAAAAACAAAUAUAUUGGAAAUCAGAAGGCGAUGCACAUGCUGCCAAAAGAGCCCGGAUGCUGGUUGAUGAUAGUGAAGAUGACAUUGAUUUGGAAGAUGGGGAUGUUAAUAUCGAGAAGGAUGAAUCCACUUUUGAAGAUCUAUGUGGUGAUGCUACUUUCCCUGAAGAAGAAAUUGGUAUUACUGAUACUGAUUUGGGAAGCUGGAGCAAUUUGGAUGGUCAUGUGUUAGCACGGGUCUUCCAUUUUUUGAAAUCUGAUUUGAAGUCCCUUGUUUUUGCUUCAAUGACUUGCAAGCACUGGAGAGCUGCUGUAAGGUUUUAUAAAGAAGUGUCAAUACAGGUCAAUUUAUCAUCCUUAGGUCAUUCCUGCACCGAUACCAUGUUGUGGAACAUUUUGAAUGCUUACGAAAAAGACAAGAUCAAUUCUGUUAUUCUAAGGGGUUGUGUCAAUAUUACGGCUGACAUGCUUGAGAAAAUUCUUUUUUCAUUUCCUGGUUUAUUUACAAUAGACAUUAGAGGGUGCAACCAGUUUGGAGAGCUGACUCUUAAAUUUGCCAAUGUGAAAUGGAUCAAGAGCCGAAGUUCCCACUUGACUAAAAUUGCAGAGGAGUCUCAUAAAAUUAGAAGCCUUAAACAUAUUACAGAGCUAACCUCAUCUGUUUCCAAAUCCAUUAGUUUAGGUAUAGAUGAUUUUGGUCAAUUGAAGGAUUACUUUGAUAGUGUGGAUAAGAGAGAUAACAAGCAGUUAUUCCGUCAAAACUUGUACAAGCGGUCAAAACUAUACGAUGCUAGAAAGUCCUCCUCCAUUCUAUCCAGGGAUGCUCGUACAAGACGUUGGGCAAUCAAGAAAUCUGAAAGUGGUUAUAAGAGAAUGGAGGAAUUCCUUGCUUUAAGACUAAGGGAAAUUAUGAAGACAAACUCUUGCGACUUUUUUGUGCUGAAGGUUGCAGAAAUUGAGGCUAAAAUGAAAAGUGGUUAUUAUAGUAGUCGUGGGUUGAAUUCUGUGAAAGAGGACAUAAGUAGAAUGUGCCGUGAUGCAAUAAAAGUGAAGAAUCGAGGUGAUGCUAGUGACAUGAAUCAUAUUAUCACAUUGUUUAUUCAGCUUGCAACACGGCUGGAAGAGAGUUCUAAAUCUGUGCAGGAUAGAAAUGCGCUACUGAAAUCAUGGGACAAUGACUUGCCUGCAGGGUCCUGUUCUACUUUCUCAAAGUAUAAGAAGAAUAGAUUGGUGAAUGAAAGGAAGUAUAGGAGUAAUGGAACUCAUGGUGGUUUGGAUAAUGUCGAAUAUACCUCUGAUAGAGAAAUUAGGAGGCGCUUAUCAAAGUUGAACAAGAAAUCUAUGGACUCGGAGAGUGAAACAUCUGAUGAUGAUCUUGAUAAGUCUUAUGAAGAAGGGAAGAGUGACACUGAUACUACAACAUCUGACUCUGAAAGUGACCGAGAAGUACAUCCAGAAAGUCUAAGUAGGGAGUCAAGAGGGGAUGGAUACUUUACGUCUGAGGAAGAGUUGGGUUUUAUAACUGAUGAUCGAGAGUGGGGUGCUCGCAUGACAAAAGCAAGUCUAGUUCCUCCAGUUACUAGGAAAUAUGAAGUCAUUGACCAAUAUUGCAUUGUAGCUGAUGAGGAGGAUGUGCGAAGGAAGAUGAGGGUUUCAUUACCAGAUGACUAUGCUGAGAAGCUGAGUGCACAAAAGAAUGGCACUGAGGAGUCAGAUAUGGAACUUCCUGAAGUAAAAGAUUACAAACCUAGAAAGCAACUAGGAAAUGAGGUUAUUGAGCAAGAAGUUUAUGGAAUUGAUCCUUAUACACACAAUCUUUUGCUUGAUUCUAUGCCAGAGGAGUUAGAUUGGUCUCUGCAGGAGAAGCAUUUGUUUAUAGAAGAUACACUCCUUCGAACAUUGAAUAAGCAAGUUAGGAAUUUUACUGGAAAUGGAAGUACUCCGAUGAGCUACUCGUUGCGGUCUGUUAUUGAAGAUAUUAAAAAGUUCGCCGAGGAGGAUUGUGAUGCGAGAAUGGUUAAAAUGUGCCAAGGUAUUCUAAAGGCCAUAGACAGUCGUCCAGAUGACAAAUAUGUAGCUUAUAGGAAGGGGCUUGGUGUUGUUUGCAACAAGGAAGAAGGCUUUGCUGAAGAUGAUUUUGUUGUGGAGUUUCUGGGAGAGGUUUAUCCUGUGUGGAAGUGGUUUGAGAAACAAGACGGGAUUCGAUCUCUGCAGAAAGAUAGUAAAGAUCCAGCACCAGAAUUCUAUAACAUCUACCUUGAGAGGCCAAAGGGUGAUGCUGAUGGGUAUGACCUAGUUGUUGUUGAUGCCAUGCACAUGGCUAAUUAUGCCAGUCGAAUAUGUCAUUCUUGCCGACCUAAUUGUGAAGCCAAGGUUACCGCUGUUGAUGGUCAAUAUCAAAUUGGUAUUUAUAGUCUUCGUGAAAUUCAACAUGGUGAGGAGAUCACUUUCGACUAUAAUUCUGUAACAGAGAGCAAGGAGGAGUAUGAAGCGUCAGUUUGUUUGUGUGGAAGCCAAGUAUGCCGAGGGAGCUAUCUGAAUCUGACUGGUGAAGGAGCUUUCCAAAAGGUUCUGAAGGACUCUCAUGGAAUUCUCGAUCGGCAUUGUUUGAUGCUAGAAGCUUGUGAAUUAAAUUCUGUGUCUGAAGAGGACUAUAAUGACCUGGGAAGAGCUGGUUUAGGCAGUUGUUUGCUCGGAGGCCUGCCAGAUUGGCUUGUUGCGUAUGCGGCUCGCCUUGUGAGAUUCAUCAAUUUUGAAAGAACAAAACUUCCUGAAGAAAUUCUAAAGCAUAAUCUAGAAGAAAAAAGAAAAUAUUUUUCAGAUAUAAUUCUUGAAGUUGAAAGGAGUGAUGCCGAGGUUCAGGCUGAGGGAGUAUACAACCAAAGGCUUCAGAAUCUUGCUGUCACUCUUGAUAAGGUAAGGUAUGUUAUGAGAUGUAUUUUUGGCGAUCCACGGAAAGCACCACCUCCUCUUGAGAAGCUCAGUCCUGAAGCAACUGUUUCCUUUCUCUGGAAAGGAGAGGGUUCAUUUGUUGAGGAGCUUGUUCAGUGCAUAACUCCUCAUGUUGAAGAAGGCAUCUUGAAUGAUCUCAAGUUUAAAAUUCAUGCUCACGAUCCUUCAAAUUCUGGAGAUAUUCAAAAAGAGCUUCGUAAAUCUCUGUUAUGGUUGAGGGAUGAGGUCCGAAAUCUUCCUUGUACAUAUAAAUGUCGGCAUGAUGCUGCUGCUGACUUAAUCCAUAUUUACGCUUAUACCAAGUACUUCUUUAGAAUACGGAAUUAUCAAACCAUUACAUCACCACCUGUCUAUAUUAGUCCACUUGACUUAGGUCCCAAGUACACUAACAAGCUGGGAGCAGAAUUUCAGGAGUAUCGAAAGAUAUAUGGUGAAAAUUAUUGUUUAGGACAGCUGAUAUUUUGGCAUAACCAGAGUAAUGCAGAUCCUGAUCGUAGCCUGGCUAGAGCCAGCAGGGGUUGCUUGUCUUUACCAGACACCAAUUCCUUUUAUGCCAAGGCUCAGAAGCCAUCACGACAUUGUGUUUAUGGUCCAAGGACCGUUAGAUCUAUGCUGGCUAGAAUGGAGAAGCUGCCGCAGAGAUCUUGGCCCAAAGACCGGAUAUGGUCAUUCAAAAGUUCUCCGAAAUUCUUUGGUAGCCCAAUGUUAGAUGCUGUAGUUAAUAACUCUCCGCUGGACAGGGAGAUGGUUCAUUGGUUUAAGCACAGACCUGCCAUAUUCCAAGCCAUGUGGGAUCGUUAAAAUUUUGCAUGGUUUGGGGAAUUUUGGUCAGAGCACACUCGAUAAUUUUUAGAUAUGGAAUGGUUCAUCAUUCAGAGCUGCCUACUGCCUGUUUUAGCUUGGGGGGUCUGUAAUUAUUAAUCCAAAAGCUUCGUUCCUUGUACCGCUUUUUAGUCAUUCUUGUGUACAGUUUUCUUUGCCAUUGAUUUGUAAUUCUUUUGAUUGUAGGGAAUUGUUUAACACUUAUGUAAUAUUAAAUGAAAGUUAGGAAGAAAAAAAAAAGGUUAAUUCCAGUCA